AUGCCUUCUUCGCAAACAUCGAAGACCUCGAAAGAGCUCGUCCAGCACGAAGACAAGCCAGAACAACCAGCCAUACAGCCAGAAGAGGACGCCUCGAAAGCUGCAAAAAUCAGCAAUCCACAAGCACAAGAGCCGCAUUCUCUAGACAAUGUACUCAACGAAGUUGACCAGGAGUGCCAUCAUGAUUCAGACAAGGAAUUAAACGAGUUCAUGGAAGGCGAGUCCAGACCACCCCGACGAGCCAGUGCUGCAGAGAAGCGCGGAACGAAGCCCGGCGAGGACCCGGACGUGUAUGACCCCAAGCCAGAGGACUUCCGCAGGAAACGGUCAACAACAGAGCCUACUUUUAAGCAAACAAAGACCAACCUCGACAAGAAAAUAUCCCCGUCUCCCACGCCAAGUGACUCGGCUUGA